AGAGCCACUGAAUCUCCAGGCCUAAACUGAGGACGGGCCAUGACAUUGUUGUUCAAGACCAAUAACAGUCAUCAAUUGCUAUCAUCAACUGCCAUGGUCAUGUGCUCAAGCUUUUGCCCUAAACUUCCCAGCCAUUUUGGAGCAAGACCCUUUUCUUCUUUCCCCUCAAGACAACCUUUUCCUCUUUGUUUUAAAGCUUUCUCCGCCCAAGCAUCCAGUGCUCCGCUUAAAGGUGAUGGAUCAUCCAUACGUGUUGGCUUUCUAGGUAUGGGAAUUAUGGGUUCUCCAAUGGCACAAAAUCUCAUAAAAGCAGGUUGCGAUGUGACUGUUUGGAACAGAACCAAGAGCAAAUGUGAUCCUCUCAUCAGCUUAGGUGCACAAUAUAAACCUUCGCCUGAAGAAGUAGCUGCUGCUUGUGAUGUUACAUUUGCCAUGCUUGCUGAUCCUGAAAGUGCACUGGAGGUUGCAUGUGGAAAGCAUGGAGCAGCAAGUGGUUUGGGCCCAGGAAAAGGGUAUGUGGAUGUUUCAACCGUUGAUGGUGACACUUCUAAAUUGAUUAAUGGACAUGUUAAAGCCACUGAGGCAUCAUUUUUGGAGGCUCCUGUUUCUGGCUCUAAAAAACCAGCAGAAGAUGGACAACUUAUAUUUCUUACAGCAGGUGACAAAUCUCUGUAUGAAACAGUGGCUCCAUACUUAGACAUCAUGGGGAAGUCGAGAUUUUAUCUUGGGGACGUUGGAAAUGGGGCCGCUAUGAAACUUGUUGUCAACAUGAUCAUGGGAAGUAUGAUGGCAACUUUUUCUGAAGGAUUGCUUCUCGGCGAGAAAGUAGGACUGGACCCGAAUGUUCUGGUUGAGGUAGUGUCACAGGGAGCCAUUAGUGCACCAAUGUACUCCUUGAAAGGUCCAUCUAUGAUCAAAUCUGCAUACCCUACUGCUUUCCCCUUGAAGCAUCAGCAGAAGGACCUGAGACUUGCUCUGGCAUUAGCAGAAUCUGUUUCACAGCCAACUCCAAUAGCUGCAGCUGCAAAUGAACUUUACAAGGUAGCUAAAAGUCAUGGCCUUAGUGAUAGCGAUUUUUCUGCAGUGAUAGAAGCAUUGAAAGCGAAAUUGCAGUCCUGAGCAGAUGGAGAACAAACUUCUUGUCAGCUUGAGUAAAAUGAUUUUCAGGAUACAGUGAUCAUGUUCCAGAUUGUUUUCUUCCCAUCAAUAUCAAACUCCAACUCUCAUUUCCCAUUUUCAGUAAUCCUUGUUGCCUAGAAGUUUAGACAAAAUGGUUAUUUUAAUAAUCUUGCUGAUGCACUUGUAAACACCACAAGUACUAUGUACGGUAGUGUCGUCUCCGGGACCGAAAGUUUUCGAGUUCGAAUUUCAAUCCGAAUCAAUUAGAUAUGAGAAAAAAAAGGAAUAAGUAUUGAAUUAA